AUGGCACCAAACCUUCAAACUAUUCCUGUUCCCUCAGCGACAGUUCAAUCCCACGCUUCGAAUUUGUUGCAACUCCCAGACAAGACUGUGCUAUGUACAUGGUUUGGUGGUUCACAAGAAGGACUGCCUGAUAUCAGUAUUUGGCUAUCUCGACUAGAACCAGGAUCGCCGUCUUGGACUUCCCCGCAAAAGAUCUCAUUUGAUGAGAAUAGAAGUUGUCAAAAUCCCGUCUUGUUCAGAGCACCUCACAAUGGAGACAUCUGGUUGCUUCACACCUCGCAAGACGCCGGUAAUCAGGAUGGCGCUUAUAUCCUGAAGCGCACAUCUCCAGACCAGGGCCGUACCUGGUCUGAGGCUAGUCGGCUUCUUCCCAAUGUCACUGGCAUUUUUAUAAGACAACCCAUCGUCAUCAAUGGCAGUGGGACCUGGAUCUUGCCAGUUUUCUACUGCCGCACAGAACCUGGUCACAGAUGGAUUGGCAGCGAUGAUAUCUCUGGUGUUCUCUACUAA